AAAACCCUUCUUCCUCAACGCGAAGAGCAGCACCGAGACAGACACGCAUAUAUAUAUAUAUAUAUAUAUAUGAACCCUGUAUUAUAUGCGCCGAGGAAGUGACGUCAGCCCUAGCCCAUCCUUCCUUCUCGCAUUCAAGCCUCGUCAAGUUAUUCUCCUAGAGAAGCAGCAGAGAAACCCGAACGGGCCCGAAAUCCAGACUCAAAUGAAGCCCGAAGACGAAUCUAUAUUGGCCUCUUCCGUCGCUCUGUGGCUCGAAAGCAAGGGCUUUUCCAAAGUACUCAAACGCUUCCUCUCCGCAGCUCAAAUUCAGGAUGACAACUGGAAAUCGAAGGCACUUGACUUGAAUGAGAUAUUCUCCAAGUAUCAGGAGAUUUCUAACGAAGACUUAAAAUUGCAGAAGAACCAAGAAGAACAUGUCGUCGCCACAACAGAAACAAAUGGUGAUUCAAACCUUGAUAUAAAAUCGACUAAGAAAAAGGGAGACAAGAAGAGAAAGAAAAGCAAUGCGUCUGAGGCGACUAAAUCAAAAGAUGAAGUUUUAUCAAUUAAGAGUUCUGAAGAAACAAAACUAGACAAGAAAUCUGAAGAAAUAUCAGUUGGGGCUGCAGAAAAUGGGGUUAAUGAAUCGAAGAAGUCUUCAAAGAAGAGGAAAAGAAUAGCUGCUGAUGAAAAUGAAAAUCAGUCCGCUCCUGAAGUGGCAGUUGAAGAAUCGAAGGCGAAGAAGUCUAAAGGUCUGAAAGAAGGCAAAGAUGCCGCUCCACAGACUGCAGUACCUGAAGUGAAUGGACAUGCUGACAAACAAAAUGGCAAUUUAGUGGAUAAUUCAACUGAGCAGAAAUCUGCAAGGAAAAAGCACAACAAUUCCGCGGAGCCAAAAGCACAGAUUGCGUUUCAAAGAGUGAAAGUUGAAGAGGUGAAAUUUGCUGAUGAGAGGCUUCAAGAUAAUUCUUACUGGGCAAAGGAUGGUGCAGAUAUUGGUUAUGGUGCAAAAGCACAAGAGGUUUUAGGACAAGUCAAAGGAAGGGACUUUCGACAUGAAAAAACCAAGAAGAAGCGCGGUAGCUACAGGGGAGGGCAAAUCGACCUGCAUUCGCACUCGAUAAAGUUCAAUUAUUCCGAUGAAGAAUGAUUUUGGAAAGACUGGAAUUGUUACAUUUCUCCCUGCUUCUGCAAGUGAAGCCUCUCAGAAUUACAAACUAUUGGUUCUUUUUUCGAUCAUAUCUCAUUAUAAAUUACGACUCUAUUUAAACGAAAUACAUUUCUUAUUCGAUAUAUUUGGUUUAUGUUGUCCCUCUGC